AUGCUCGUCGAGAUUCUAACGAAAGCGAUCCCCAAUGACAUCGUGGUGGAACACUACAAGCGACAGAGCUUACUACAAAAGCCCGAUGAGAUCCAGUCGUCAGAGACGGAGCUGCGCCAGCUAUUGGAUUUUCUCCGACUGGAGGUCGAAGCUCGUGAAAAAAGUGGUCACCAGGAUUCCUGCGUUCGCGACACGCACGAUGGAAGGCGUGACAGGAAGACCUGUGCCACGCCUACCGCCUCCGUGUUACACAACGAAUCCAGCAAGACGAAAGAAGUCGGCAUAAGCUUGCUCAUUGGAGCCGAUCAAAUGUGGAAGCUCGUGCUAAACGAUGUUUGGUCGCACGACGAAGUGACAGGACUUGCUGCGAUCAACACCAAGCUUGGCUGGACAUUUCAAGGGCCUGUACCUUGCGACGGUCGCAUUUUCAAAGAAGUCCGCGCGCACGUUUGUGUCCUUCGCACGAGUUGCACAGAGACUGACGUGUCUGAAACCUUACAGCACUUCUGGGAGCUAGACAGCAUAGGCAUUUCUGACCCUUCUACCCACGACGAGCAUGGAAAUGAAGUGGUCCGGCAAUUCACGGAGAACAUAGCAUUCAAGAACGGGAGGUACGAAGUAGCGCUACCGUGGAAAUCCGUCAACACAUACCUAGCAGACAACCGAAGUGUUGCGGUUCGACGCCUACACGGUUUAUUGCGGCGAUUUGGUAGUAACGAGGAGCUUCUUCAGCAGUACGACAAGGCAGUCAGGCAGUAUGAACUGGAUGAUCACGCGGAAAGAGUCAACGGAAAAGACUCGGCAGAGAGAUGUUACUACAUGCCGCACCAUGCUGUUAUCAGGGAAUCAUCCUCGACGACACGGCUGAGGGUGGUCUUCGAUGCCUCGUCACACGCGCAUGGAGCAGCGUCUCUGAACGAGUUAUUAGAAAAAGGACCCAAGAUCAACAACAACAUGGUUAAAAUGCUUGUGAAUUUCAGGCUACACAAGAUUGGAAUCACUGCAGAUGUACAAAAGGCGUUUCUUCAAAUCGGCAUUCAAGAGCCUGAUCGCGACGCCUUGCGUUUUUUAUGGUUUGACAGCACGCCAAUGUCAAGUGAACAUGUGCCGAAAAUAGUGGAGUAUAGGAUGACACGAGUGCCAUUUGGAACUACAGCAAGUCCAUUCCUCUUAACAGCGACGCUCCAGUAUCAUUUCAAGCACAUCAAUCCUGCGCUGAGAUCAUCUGCCAUGCAACUUGCCGAGAAUUUCUACGUUGACGAUCUUGUCACAGGAGUUUCUUCUUCAAAAGAAGCUUUCCGUCUUUAUAACGAAGCAAAUCUCAUCCUCAGCAAAGCGGGCAUGAAGCUGCAAAAAUGGUCCACCAAUGAUGAUGAGUUAAGAAAGUACAUCACUGAUAGAUUGGACUCUGUCUCAGCAAUGGCUCCUACGAAAGUUCUUGGUUUGCUAUGGGACACAGCUGCUGACAAGCUUAUUCUAAACAUGGAAUCUCUGUUGCAGAUUCUCGAAAAGAAGAACGACACCAAGAGAUGUGUCCUUCAGACGACCGCACGGAUUUUCGAUCCAUUAGGGUGGCUAUCACCGUUCGUCGUUAGGAUGAAAGUCCUCUUUCAGAGAUUGUGGGAGCAUGGCACUGCGUGGGAAGAAGUUAUGCCUGAGCAACUUAGACACGAAUGGGAAACUUGGUCCGAUGAGCUAAAAUGCUAUCCGGUGUUUUCACUUCCCAGGUGUGAGCUGAAGUUAUUCUUGGACAAGCCUUCAAGCUCCCAGCUUCACGUAUUUGCUGAUGCCAGUUCUGUUGCUUACGGUGCCGUAGCUUAUCUCAGAAUGGAAGAUCAAUGCGGUAACGUUGAUGUUCAGCUUCUAUUUUCGAAGUGUAGAGUAGCUCCAAUCAAACGGAUCACGUUACCACGUUUGGAGUUGAUAGCAGCGGUUCUGGCUUCUAGAGUCCUAAAGUUCUUGCGGGAGGCUCUAGAGUCGAGGCAAUGGAAAAUAGAAGAGCACCUGUGGACGGACUCAAGUGUAGCGCUUUGUUGGAUACAAAGCACGGCAACCAAGUGGAAGCAAUUUGUUUAUAACAGAGUUAACGAGAUACGUCAAGUAACAGAUCCAGACCAGUGGCAUCACUGUCCGGGAACACAAAACCCAGCUGAUCUGCUGACGCGUGGGCUUUCGCUCACAAACCUUCGAAAUAGCCAGCUGUGGUGGAAAGGACCUAACUGGCUUCUACGUGCGGCAAAUAGUUGGCCAACGACAUCUGACGCUCCAGAUUCUGGACCGGAAGACGAACAAGUUUCUUCCGAGUUACAAACAAACGUUCCUGUACUGGUGAGCGUGAUAAGAGAACCACUUUUCAGUGCUGAACGAUUUAGUUCUUGGUUACGAAUGGCAAGAGUGACAGCAUGGGUCAAACGCUUCGUGGACAACUGUAGAUCGCCAACGUCACAUACAGAAGGAUCACUUACAGCUACUGAAGUUCAAGAAGCUGAGAACAUCUGGUUCAAGCAAAUGCAGACAGAUACCUAUGCCAAAGAGAGAGCCCAACUUGAAGUGGGACAAGACCUCGACAAGACGUCGUCCAUAAGAGACCUGCAUCCCUUUAUUGACGAAAAGGGCGUCAUGAGGAUUAGAACUCGCCUUCAGAACGCCGAGGUCACAUACAACGAAAAGACGCCUGUGCUGCUACCGUCCAACCACCCGGUCACGCGACUCGUCAUUUUGCAAGCUCACAAAACUGUGCUCCACGGCGGUGUCGGUGACACAUUAAAUGAACUUCGCGCCCGGUUCUGGGUGCCCAGAGUGCGACAAGCAGUGAAGAGAGUGCUACGAAAAUGUGUGAUUUGUGCUCCAGUUAGAGCAAUUCACCUUGAGCAUGUGGUUGGACUUACUACUAACGCUUUUCUCAUGGCUUUCAAAAGAUUUUGUGCAAGACGUGGAACACCGCGAAUAGUUUACUCAGACAACGCUACUACAUUCAAGAAAGCUGCACGUGAGCUAGCUAGCAUGCACCAGUUGUUGAGGAAAGAGGAAGUCAGCCAGUAUUGCUCUACCCACGGCAUAACUUGGAAAUUUAUUGCAGAGAGAGCUCCUUGGUGGGGUGGGUUUUGGGAGCGGUUAGUUAGGAUUGUGAAGAUGUGCCUUCGCAAGUCAUUGGGAAGGGCUUGCUGA